AAAAAUUCAAAAUUUCAUGUUUAUUUUUUAAACGUUUGUCAACAAAAAAGAUAUAGGAAAAGCUUAUUAAACAUGGGAAAGAUCACAGAGUUAUCAUCCAGUGAGAAUCAAACUCAGAAUGCAAGAACUUUUGUCAUAGAAAAUGAAGGAAACACUUUAGGCAACGUCCUCAAGAACAUUAUAGCUAAUUAUUCCGAAGUUGAGUUUUGUGGAUAUACAGUACCUCAUCCACAAGAAAGUAAGAUCCAUUUUAGAAUCCAGACAGCAGACAACAUUAAGGCAAUUGAUAUUUUGAGACGAGGCUUAAAAGAUCUGGAAUUCAUAUGCGAUGAAGUAAUAGCAGCAUCUUCAUCACUCGACAGCUUGUAA